GGAGCUUCCUGAAGCGAGAGGAGCAAGAGGAGUAAGGAAUGAAAGAAUUCACUCUUCACACCUCAACAACAACGCAAUUGGGUAUUGACCAUUUCGACAUCAUCAAGGAGAAUCAAACUGUCUUCAAACACAACCGCACAGGGUGCGAAGGAGUUACUUUGCAUGACCUUUGGUCUUUCUGCCGCCGCAAAGACACAUAUCAAUCUCAGGUGGUCGUCUACCUACAUUCCAAGGGAUCUUUCCAUGACUCAACUGGGCAAAAACAGCUGCGAGAAUACCUGACAAAGGGCGCUCUUUCGGAAGAAUGCCUCACAUUGCCAAAUCAAUGCAAUGUCUGUUCAACCAGGAUAUCUCCUCUUCCACACCUCCAUGUACCUGGCAUCAUGUGGGCUUCCCGCUGCGACUAUGUUUCCAGGUUGAUUGAUCCUUUAGCAUUUGAAGAUGCAAUGACUUCGUACAUGGGCCGCGCGAAAACAUUGGACCAAAAGUGCAAACAAGGAAGUCCAGCGUGUGUCGGCAGGGACAGAUUUUCUUAUGAGCACUGGGUGCUGUCGCACCCUAGGGCACAUCCAUGUGAUCUCGACAGCAACGACGCAUAUAUUUGGGGCGCUCCUUGGGGUAGCUCUGGCGGGAAAGACAUCGACAAGAGCAUGAAUGCCUUUGCGCAAGGUGUGAAGGGAGCAAAGGAGCUGAAAUCGAUUCCUCGGUUUGGUUUCGCUAUGCUUCCGUCGAAUGCGGGUGUGAUCCUCUUCACACCUCUUGACAAUCUGAAAUAUACAGAACUGCUGCUUUUGAGCUACGAACUGUUCCACGACUGAGCUCUUGUGCGCGCAGUUCGAAGGUGACUAUCUUUGAGAUGUCCAAGUGAUGCCUAGGGCAGCUCUUCUCACAAAAACCGAUCCAAAAUGAACGGUGUGUCCAGGAUCGUCACGGA